AUGACAACUUCCGGCGGUGUUAACGAGCGGUCGACACGCGAUCGCGACUGCGAUGCCAGAAAUGUUGUCGCUCCACAUCACCGAAAGCGGUUAGUCGAUAGCGGCAUUGAAUGCCGCUCGACAAGACGGUCAAGAAAGAAGAUGAAAACGAUGCAGGAAGAGGAGGACGUUCCGUUAUCGUUUCCUGCACAUAACCGUACUUCCAACAGAGGGCGCGAUUCCAGAUCACCUCUCGUACCAAGGAAGGUCAGAUCACCUACAACUAUUCUUCUCCCAUAA